AUGUCUUCAAGAGCUUGGCGAAAUCGUACAUGGGCUUUUUGGCCGGAGCGCAUUGAUUGGACUGAACAAAUCGUCCUUAUCACUGGUGGGGCAGACGGGCUAGGUAGAGUCAUAGCAGAAACACUUGCUAUGAAACAUAUAACAGUGGUAGUGUUGGAUGUGAAGCCGUUCGUGAAUAAUGAUAUCCAUCACUUCAUUUGCGAUGUAUCAAAUCCAAAAAAUGUAGAAGAAGUAACAGACCGGAUCAAAAAAGAAAUAGGCGACCCAACCAUCGUCAUCAAUAACGCAGGUAUUGUGAAUGGAAAAUUGAUCGUUGAUCUCCAACCUGAUGACCUUAAAAGGUCAUUUGGAGUAAACGUGAUAUCUCAUUUUCUGAUCUUGAAAGCUUUUUUACCUCAGAUGAUAAAAAAUGGCACCGGUCAUAUCGUUACAAUCGCUUCUGUUUUGGGAACAUUAGGAAUCAGUCAAGCCUCAGAUUACUGUGCUUCUAAAGCAGCUUCAAUCAGUUUACAUGAGUCUUUACGACAGGAACUCGAUUCAAGACAUCAUUGCCCUCGAGUCAGAACAACAUUAGUCUGUCCGGGAAGGUUGGAGACGAAGAUGUUCGAAAAGCUCAAACCGCAGAAUAGGUUCUUCUUACCUCCGGUUGCUCCUCAUGAUUUAGCCAAAUUGAUCAUUCAAGCUUUAGACUCACAUCUAAGCUCUGAUAUCUAUGUCCCAGUUUAUACCAGUUGGAUGUGGAUCAUACGUGGAUUACCCAGUUGGGCUAAAGAUUUGUCUCAUUGGAUUGUAGGUUCCAAUGAAUCUAUGAUAAACUUUGGACCUGUCCCAAAACAAGAUAAUCAACAUGAUGUCAAGGCGUGA